GCGCAUACCUACACUGUAUCAUUCAUCUAAGGUGUGCUGGCAACACUAAACAGUAGCAUGAACCGCGGACAAUAUCUCCACCGUGGGCUCCAGACAGACACAUUAGCAAAUUUGUAGGGGAUGGCGCCCACUUAGAGGAGGGAAAGGGCAAGCGCGUAAGGCAACUUCACAGCCGCUUUACACGAUCGCACAUCCUAUGGUGGUUCUCCUUUCUCACUUGGAGGGUAAGUUGCAGGGGAUCUCAUAAUAUUAAAUCCAUGUAUAUCUUCUGAGCUGGUGAGAGUUGAUAUAUGGAAAAGAAAACAGUUGUUGUAAUAGAGGUGGUCUGUGGAGGAGGAAAGAAAUGAUCCAGCUACUAUUUGUUGUGUUGUUCGGAGAGGCAGCAGUGGCAUUGCUGCUGAUGAUAAAAGUGGGGCCUUUGAGUAAGCUCAGCAUGGAUGCCCUAAGUCAGCUCAAGACAGGGAAGGGUCCUGCAAUGGUUAAAACUCUUGCCUGUACUCUUGCUCUCAUCAUGUUGUCCAGCAUCACCAGCAUUCUCAAUAUUCAGAAGAGGACCACCAAGAUAGGCACCAUGACUCCCAUGGACCAGAUCCUCUUGAAAACCCACUUGCUCGAGGCUUCUCUCAUGGGAUUUUUGCUGUUUCUUGCAUUAACCAUUGAUCGUCUGCAUCACCAUCUUCAGAAAUCAGGAGGGCUUAGGACAAAUGUAGACUCGUUUAAAAAGCAAGCUAGAAGUUUCCAAGAAGAAUAUAUGCGUCUUAAAGAACAGAAAGUGGACAGAAGUUCUGAGGUGAAGCUUUUGAAGGAUGAGAUCUCUGAAUUAAAGCAGAAAUUGCAGAAGUUGACACAGAAGUCAGAGGAGAAGGAAAAAGAAGCACAAGAUGCUGAGGCCACUGUUAAAGCUCUCCGGAAACAAGCUGAGGAUUUCCUCCUUGAGUAUGAUCGUUUACUGGAGGACAAUCAAAUCAUUCAGCUCCAGUUAGAAGCAUAUAAAUGAGAAUGAAUAAAAGGCAUAUGUUGCUUCAAAUUGCAAAUAUUGGUGAAGGUUGUUCUUGAUGUGGAGCUGGAUGAUGUUUUGUGAAUUGUGAAGCAUUCAAAGAAUAGCAAUACUAAAAAAAUAUGCAGGCAGAAAAUAGUUAGGCUAGCUGUUUUUAAAUUUCGUGAGUUUCUUUGAAGGAUUGGCUGGUUCCUUUGCCACUUGAUUUUCAUAACAAAUGCAAAAGAAAAAAUAUAACAUUCAAGGAAAUGUAUUAUUAAAUGCCUUUUGAGUUAAUGUGAGGAUACAUGUGGUUUAGAUGUCUAUAAUUAAAAUUUUAACUGGCUUUGGCAUCUUCA